ACCGCGAACUCACAGCGCACACUACAAAGCAAAACAAAAACUCACCGCCAGGCAUUGGAAGGAGUGUUGUGAUAGAUUACUAGUACUCGUUCCCUUAAUAUUUCCAAGAGAAAAAUGAUGCCCUGUCACCCCCCGGAACGACCGCAGCAAUGGUUGGUGGAGUUUGAGCACAAGACGCACGUCUUGAGUCUUCCAUGCAAUUUAUUAUUGGAGUCGACGGCGACAGAGCCUGCUGCCCUGAUUCUCGAGGACAUUUCGAAUCGCACCGGAUGGCCCGUCUCUCGCUUGCUUUUGGAGGGCCACGAUGACAGCAACAAUAAUCACUGUUGUCGUGUCCGCGUCCAGUCAAGUCUUCGUGGUGGCAAGGGAGGAUUUGGAACUCUGUUGAAAAGUUCGGCCCGACAGUCGGGUGCCAAACUGACGACGGAUUUUGGAGCGUGUCGCGAUUUGCAAGGCCGUCGGUUGCGUCAUGUCAAUGAUGAAAUCAAGUUGCGCAAAUGGCGAGAAGCGCAAGAGCGAGAAAAGCAAACAGGCGGCAAGACGGAAGUGACGGAUGCCAUGUUUGAUACGCCCUCGGGACUCUUUAAUUGGCACUUGAUGGUGCCCUCGUGGGCGGAUAUUUCCAAAAAGAGUACUCGCAAAAUACAGCGACAAUUCAAGCGCAUGCAACAAGAAGAAGAACAAUUGGAGCAAGAGAAACGAAAUGCCAGGGCACAACGUGAACGGAGUGUCACCAUGUAUGUCCAAAAGGCGACAGCAACCAGUAAUCAAGUAAAGACCAAUGUCAUGAGUGCCGUCAAGCAAGGAUUGCAGGCGCAACAAGACAAAAAGAGAAAGCGAGAAGAAGCCGAAGAAGCUCCAUCGGAUCUGUUUCAAAAAGAAGAUAGACCCAAUAGCUUGUGUACACUGUCAGGGGAUGUGGUAGUCGAAGGCACGUCCAAACAAUCCGCAAAAAAUAAUGUGAUACAGAUCCAAUCGCAGUCAGACUUUUCCACUCUUGUGCUGUUCCUGGACAAGGAAGUACCCAAAGGCGACAAAAAGAAAUCAUCCAUUCUCUAUUACGAAGUGAAAGUAGUCACGGGAGGAUUGGCACAAAUUGGAUGGGCCAACGUGACGACCAGUGAUUUCAAACCCAAUACAGAAGAGGGGGACGGCGUGGGAGACGACAAGGGAAGCUUUGGAUAUGAUGGUAGCCGGGCGCUCAAAUUCCACAAUGGAGCCGAAGAAGCAUAUGACAAAAGCCAGUGGAAGGCCGGGGAUGUUGUGGGUUGUCAAUACAAUGUGAAGACGGGAGAAGUUUCCUACUCGUUGAAUGGAAAAGACUUGGGUGUGGCAUUUACGUUUUCGGACCCGACCAAGACGGUGCUAUUUCCGGCAUUGAGUUGCAACGGAGGAGAAAUUCUAGAGCUGCAUGUGGCCAAGGAGGAUAUGGAACAUCUUCCGACCAAGGACAGUGAAAAGUAUAUUGCCGUGCAGGACUUGAUUGCCGUGAGCAUUGUGGCCGACGACAGCGUCACAAAUAAUGGAGAACAAAAUGACGACAACAAAGAACCAGCAGCAAAAGAUGACGACGAGAAGGACGGAGCAAAGACCAAAGGAGACGAAGCCGAUUCACCACCAGAAGAACAAGCGGAGGAGAAGAAGGAACCAGAGACAAAGAAGGCGCCUAUAAAAGUGGAGGCUUUGGACCUAGCGAAGUUUGAAUCAGUGGCAGCUCUCGAAGAGCUCGGAUUGGAUCGUCUGAAGGGUGCCUUGAUGGCAAUUGGUGUCAAGUGCGGUGGUUCUUUGAAUGAACGGGCUGCAAGAUUGUUUUCUUUAAAAGGCUUGGAACGCAAAGACUACCCAAAGAAAGUGAGGGCAAAAAACUUUGUAGAAUAGCAGUAGCGAAUAUUAACCCAGUAACUACAGUUCAAUACCCCUCUUG